CCUGACGGCUCUAAACCGUGUGGAAUUCGGUAAUCAAGGUGAUGUAGGAUUUUAUACAAUCUAUAAUUGAUUUUAUUAAGUUAAAAAAUGUCUAAAAACUCUGUCGAUUUAACGUUCGUUUGCGGAUCAUCACAAUCCAGCGAAUUUCCAAAAAGCACGUCUGAUUGGAAUAGUCAUUUCAUUGACAAGCUAGGAGUGAGAUGUAAACAAUGUGACAUCUUUGAAAUUAUUAUAAACCAUUGGCGUUUAUUUACUUUAUUCGAGGAAGAUUACCUUGAAAUUGAAAGUUGUUUGAAAGCUUGUGAUUUUGAAACUGAUUACGGAUGUUUAGAAGAUAUAUCUGUGGAAAAAGCUUUCGCGCCAGAAUUUCAAUGGAAAUUGCGCUCCCAGUCACAGGAGAACGAAAUCUUAAGAGAGCCUUUAGUUUCAAAAUGGUUUUUAGGUAAGUUGACAGAAAUCAACCGCUGCCUCUCCUCCAUAAUAUCACAAACCAAGUCUGAUGAAACAGAACAGAAGCUGAAAUACCUGGUCCUAUUUGAAAAGGUGCUACAGGCAUUUGGUUUUAUGACUCUGGGUGAACCAUUCAUUGUCACACGUAAGGCUCAGAUCCUUGGUAGAACAAUGACCUCUAAACCUGACAUCAUCUGUUGUCAAGACGAUUGGGAACAACAAACAGUUUGUGUUUGUCAGGCAAUUAAAUCUGUGCCAAAGGAAGGUGAUGAUUUUGCCCCUCCUAAAAAGAAACUAAGAGUUACCUGCAGCCCAGAUGAGGAAAUAAUUGGCAAUUGUGAUCAAGGAAUUCCUUUACAACACAUUGGAGACCUUUUUGUGCAUCUGGACAACUCACCUAUAUCUGAUAGAAUACUUGGAUUCAUCAUUGAAAAGACAUGGGUACAAUUAACUUUCCUUAAAGUUUAUCCCACAGCAAUGAAGAGAAUCCGGAAUACCCCUGUAAAUAUAGCUGGAUCUUUGAUAUUAAAUGAUGGAGAAUAUCCUCAAUUUCACUACAGCAGGCGCUAUAAUUUCUUGAAUCGACAAGAUCGCAAGGACUUAUUUAAAGCUCUGCUGCUUGUUAAGAUAAUGUUAGUAAGAAGACAGGCAGCCCGAAAAAGAUGACACCCAUUUUGCUGUCUGGGAUUUUGAAGUGUAAACUUAGAUCCACUUAGAUCAAUAGAUGUUAUUUAAAUGUU